AAAAGAUAUAUUUGAAAUGCAACUCUACUAUAGCUUAACAAUCAGUACUGUUCUUGCAGUGUCUGCGCUUGACAGGGCUCAGCCUGUGAGAGAGUUUAGGGCUGUGUCUGCGGAUAGUCCAAGGAAAAUUUGAUAGCUUGAGCAACAAUCUAUAGUUUUCAAUAUGGAUAGAUGGCUGCUAUAUACUCGUUCUGAGUGCUAGUGCUCCAGGCAUGUUCCGCAUCUUAUAACUUUCCUUAUUGCAUCGACGCAGUCAGCAGGUUUACUUCGGAGCAGGAAAUUUCAGCAGGGUGUCCUGCAUUGGUGGCAAUCAAAUGCCCCCAAUGAGCGUUUCCAUGCCCGUUGGCGCAAGAUACCCCAAGCAUUUUUCGACUAUGAAAGCAGACAUGCCGCUGGUAAUUAUAAGGAUUUCCAGCCACAACUUUGCAUCUACCAGCCAGCGCGCACCCCGCAGCACAAUCCCUCCAGUGGGUGCCGAACCAUCACAGGACAAUGGGAAACACUUGUAUCCUUCAGCCGACCACAACGUACUGAGCAGCCAAAGCUGGGAAGUGAGGGAGGCAGCGGUGCAAGGAGUCCCCCAGGAGCUACCAGACCUAGUAUUCGAUCCCCAGGAAGUUCAGGCGCAGCUGAAGCAGAUGCAGAGCCUGCUCCGCUCGCAGCAGCGCCAGAUCUUGGAGCACCAGGAAGCACUGGCUGAGAUGUACUCGCUCAUCAGCUUGCAGCCGGCGCAAAAUAAUCGCCUAAACGGCGCAGGUGGCGGCAGCAUGCGGCCGUUCGACGCGCAGCUGGCGGCCGCCAGGGACCGGCGCAGCAUCGGACUCUAUGACGCGCGCUUCCAUUCCACCAACUGGGGAGCGACGCCGAAGGACCACAGGGUGCUGCCAAAGCGCAUCAUUUUAGUACGGCACGCUGAGUCAGAGGGCAACACGGACCACUUUGCCUACUCCCACAUCCCAGACCCCCAGAUCUGCCUGACGCAUCGGGGCCACGAGCAGGCGAUAGAUGCGGGGCGGAAGAUUCGGUCGAUCAUAGAGGCGGAUGGGCAGCCCUACAAGCUCUACUUCUACAUGAGCCCCUACAGGCGCUCGAGUCAGACGGUGGAGGGCAUUGCCAGCUGCUUUGAGGAGGACCAGAUCGCCGGGUUCCAGGAAGAAGUGCAGCUGCGCGAGCAGGACUUUGGCAACUUCCAGGACACGGAGGGCAAGGAGAGGGAGAAGGCUGAGCGGAUACGAUUUGGGCGUUUCUUCUAUCGGUUUCCCAACGGCGAGUCCGGCGCAGACGUCUACGACCGCAUGACCAUCUUUGAGGACCACAUGAUACGGGACAUAAACGCGGGCCGGUUUGCGAAGAAUACAAGUCUGGUUUUGGUGACUCAUGGCCUGGCCGCGCGCAUCUUCCUCAUGCGCUGGUUCCACUGGUCCGUGGCAGAGCUGCUCAUGGUCUUCAACCCGCCCAACGCAGAGCCGAUUGUGUUGGAUCGAAUACCAAAGGACGAGGCGGCCAAGGCGGGCGGCCGAGCAUCGUGGAUCCACACAAAGGCGUUGUAUCGGCUGCGGCCGGAGUCCAAGGAUAUCAUAAAAGGCUGCUCUGAUGACAUGUGCUCCACCGCAGUAUUCCUGUCCGGCGUCAAAGUCACUGACUGGGUCGAGCAGGACUGA